AUGUCGAGUGAGUAUGGAUUGGCACUCAAGAGCUUGGACGGCGAUCGCUUCAAGGAGGGAAUCCUUCCAGGCGGCGAAUUUCACGGUGUUGACCUACCGAAGCUUGUCAAACGCAGCCCUUACAGCAAAUAUAAAAAUCGUCGAGGAAUGCUGAAGUCAUUGCAAGGUGCUCGGGACCGAAUCCUUGCCUCAAUCAACACUGGCAACAAAGUCAAGAGACGUCUAUCAUCCAUGUCAGAACGACCCGACACCAAGCCAAUGCCUCUAUUCCGCGGAGUUGAUACCAAUGAUGGCCAAAGUGAGGACGAAGAGGAAAACCCUUCGCCAUUCCACAACGAUCUCGCGACACGACAUACUGUGUUUUACAACCCCAAAUCCCGCUGUCGAGAUCUGGUGCUGCUCGUAAUGGUGCCGUGA